AUGACAACCCAGCAUAUUGGUGUUGAUUUAUCUUCUUCCGAGCUCUCCAGAACAAAUUCUGUUGCUACUCGUUCUUCCUCUAUUCUUCAAAACACCAUAACCACCUCUUCGGCUCCUCUCCUCACCGAUGAUAUCAUUGAAAUUAAAAUCAUCAAAGCAAAUUCUCUUCCUGUGGCCGACCUCAACGGAUUCUCGGAUCCCUACUGUGAGGUUUAUGUGGAUGACGUUUCUUUAUCUCAUCAACAACAACAACAACAGCAUAAUGAUACUGAACAACCGCAACAACAACUGAACGCUUCCGAAAAAUUGAGAUCAUCUUCUUUUCAUUCAUCGGUUGUGGGAAACCACAAUCAUGGAUCCACUUUGGAUGAAUCAACCAAUGAUAGCGUCCAUCCGGGUUGUCUUUUCAAAACCAAUGUGAUUAAGAAAAAUUUAGAUCCAUCGUGGAAUGAAACCUUUACGCUGAAUCCUCUCAAAGAUUACACGAACCAAAUCAAGAUUAAAUUUGUCGUCAUGGACUGGGAUCGAUUUUCAAAGGAUUUUCUCGGAUCAGCCUCUCUGGUCAUUACGAACAAAUAUGUAGCAAAUACGGAACAUGUGGUAGAUUUAAAAUUGGAAAAUAGUGAAAACAAGGGAACUCUGACAGUUUCAUUCAAAAUUAAUCGUUCACGAGAGAAUAUUAAGGUUGCCCGAUUGAGAGAUGGAAUGGUCAACCAAGCUCAGCAAUUUAAGGGUUUUAACUUGUCUUGCUUGUCGUCGAGUAAUGAUAAGAAUCGUAUUGUUUCAGUUUCAAUUCCAAUAUUGCAAUACCAAAUUAUUCAGCAUGAUGGUCCAUUGCUGCAAAUUGAGACAGCCUUUAGCGCCCUCAGCAACGCAGCCAACGCAUCCCAGAACAAGUUACAAACGGUACCCGAUUCAUUCAUUAUUCAAUUGCAUGAUAUUCAUGGAAAUUAUGAACAUGAAAAGAAUACAUUUAUUGAGAAUGAAAUUGGAAAAUUACAAAAAGCAUCUUCAAAGUUUCAGGUCAUUGAAAAGAACGUGGACGUUACAACAAGUUUUGGGAAAAUUUUUGGGGGAGUAAACCUCGGUGAGAGUGAAAUUCAAGCAGUUCAUACUUUUAUGUAUCAAAUCAAUGAUGAUAUGGUACAUGUGACCUCUGUGCAGUUUCAUGUACAUUUUUUGAUCACUGUUAUUUAUUCUUCACGACAAUAUGACAUGAGUACGGAGAGAGAGUUACAAAUACAGUACAUGCUAACCAACAUGAAACUAUUGUAG